AUGUCCCGCACAGAGCUCGUCAACAUUCACAACGCCUUCCACCAGGGCCAAUACCAGAAUGUAAUCGACUUCGACACCUCGUCGUUUUCCCCAGAGAAUGCACUUCCCGCGCGUGUACUACAGCUUCGAGCAAAAAUCGCAUUGGGACAGACGGAUGAAGUAUUGGCAGAUGUCGAGGGAGAGGACACACCAGACCUAGCGGCCGUCAAGGCGCUCGCACAGAAUACAGCUGGCGACACUGAGUCGGCUCUUACGCUCGCACAGAAACUCGCUGAAGAAAACAGUGACAACAACACUGUUCAAGUACUUGCUGCUACUGUGUUGCACACGCAAGGGAAAACGGAUGAGGCCCUGUCCCUUCUCAGCAAGCAUCAGGGCAAUCUUGAUGCCGUCUCACUCUCUGUUCAGAUCUACCUCCAAACGAACCGCAUCGAUCUUGCCCUUAAGGAAGUUUCCGCCGCGAAACGAUUCGCACAAGAUUCUCUACUUUUCAAUAUCGCCGAGUCGUGGGUUGGACUGAGGAUUGGCGGUGAAAAAUACCAAUCAGCAUACUACGUAUACGAGGAGCUGGCGUCAAAUCCCAAUUCUACUGCACCUCUGUCUAUUGCUGGCCAGGCUAUUGCGGAGUUACACUUGGGCCGCCUUCCGGAAGCUGAGGCAGCUUUGUCCGAAGCAAUUCAGAAAUACCCAGAAGAUGCACAAUUGAUUGCCAACACAAUCGUCUUGAACGUGCUCAGUGGCAAAGACGCUACCGAAUUAACCGAAAAACUUAAGACUAUUCAACCCACUCAUGCCCUUCUCACUGACUUGGAGGAAAAGAGCUCUUUCUUCGACACAGCUGCUGCUAAGUAUUCUGCUAAGGUUUCUUCAUGA